AACUACAUUAUCCAGACCAUAGGUAAUAGUGGUCCGAGCAUGGGUAUCGCCUUGACUGAAUUUGACAUAAUUUGAUUACAGUUUUCGGGACAGGUACAUUACAUUGGAUGAUGACAGACGGAACAUGCUUGCGGAGAAGGGGCGGACCCUACAAGACAGACCCGGUGACGGACCUGCGUCGCUGGAGGCUGAGUAAUGUGGAGGGCAGACAGGCUUGGUGCUACCUGGAAGAUGGAGACACGGUGGACAGGCCCCAGUCCAUGCUGGAGGCCCAUUCCCUGGGUCUGGACACGAGCGAGUAUAUUGCCGCGUCUGCACCUGCCCAGACUGCAGUGGAAGCUGCUAGAAAGGGAAUGGAAUUCUACAGCCAGCUUCAGGCUGAGGACGGACACUGGGCCGGGGACUACGGCGGACCCCUCUUUUUGCUUCCCGGGCUUCUUAUAACCUGCCACGUCGCGAAGAUCCCCCUGCCGGAGGCGUGGAAGAAGGAGAUGGUGCGGUACUUACGCUCAGUGCAGCUGCCUGACGGAGGAUGGGGCCUGCACAUCGAAGACAAGUCGACUGUUUUCGGCACAGCCCUCAGCUACACCUCCCUCAGGAUUCUGGGGGUCGGGCCGGACGACCCAGACAUGGUGCGAGCGAGGAACAACCUCCACAGCAAAGGAGGUGCUGUAGGGAUCCCAUCCUGGGGGAAGUUCUGGUUGGCUAUUCUGAACGUGUACAGUUGGGAAGGGAUGAACACUCUUUUUCCGGAGAUGUGGCUGUUUCCCGCCUGGGUGCCGGCACAUCCCUCCACCCUGUGGUGCCACUGUCGACAGGUCUAUCUCCCCAUGAGCUACUGCUAUGCCGUCAGGCUCGCAGCCCAAGAGGACCCACUGGUGCUCAGUUUGAGACAGGAGCUUUACGUCCAAGAUUAUUCAUCGAUAAAUUGGCCAGCGCAAAGGAAUAACGUCGCAGCUUGUGACCUGUACACACCCCACAGCACAUUACUGACUGUUGCCUACAUGGUUCUGAACAUGUACGAGGCUCACCACAGCACGAUGCUGAGAGAGAGAGCGGUGAAGGAGCUCUACGAUCACAUCAAAGCAGACGACCGCUUCACAAAGUGCAUCAGCAUCGGGCCGAUUUCUAAAACCAUUAACAUGCUGGUUCGCUGGCACGUCGAGGGCCCAUCCUCUCCAGACUUUCAGAAGCACGUCUCCAGGAUCCCAGAUUACCUCUGGAUUGGGCUGGAUGGUAUGAAGAUGCAGGGAACCAAUGGAUCUCAGCUGUGGGACACUGCCUUCGCGGUGCAGGCUUUCCUCGAGGCAGGGGCACAAGACAACCCUGGGUUUACAGAAUGCCUCCGACACGCACACGAGUUCCUUAAUCUCACCCAGAUUAAAGACAACCCUCCAGAGUAUGAGAAGUAUUACAGGCAAAUGAACAAGGGGGGGUUUCCCUUCAGCACACGGGACUGUGGCUGGAUUGUGGCGGAUUGCACAGCUGAGGGGCUGAAGUCUGUGAUGUUACUGCAGGAACAGUGUCGUUUCAUCACGGAGCAUGUUCCCAAAGAGAGACUCUAUGACGCUGUCAACGUGUUGUUAAGCAUGAGAAACGCCGAUGGUGGAUUUGCCACGUACGAGACCAAGCGAGGAGGGAGAUUGCUUGAGCUGCUGAACCCUUCCGAAGUCUUCGGUGACAUCAUGAUUGAUUACACGUACGUGGAGUGCACUUCGGCCGUGAUGCAGGCCCUCCAGCACUUCCAUCGUGAAUUCCCACAGCACCGGCCAGAGGAGAUCAGGUCGACGCUGAAGGUGGGUCUAGAGUACUGCAGAAGAGUGCAGAGGCCCGAUGGAUCAUGGGAAGGGUCUUGGGGAGUGUGUUUCACUUAUGGAAUCUGGUUCGGAUUGGAAGCAUUUGCCUGUAUGGGUCACGCCUUUAAAAACGGAUCAGCGUGCGUGGAGGUGCAGCGUGCCUGUGACUUCCUGCUGGCGAAGCAGAUGGAGGACGGAGGGUGGGGGGAGGACUUUGAGUCAUGUGAGCAGCGCCGCUACAUCCAGAGCCAGAACUCCCAGAUCCACAACACGUGUUGGGCUUUACUGGGAUUAAUGACCGUCAGAUACCCUGAUAGCAAAGUCAUAGAGCGGGGGAUUCAGCUCUUGAUUGACAAGCAGCUUCCCAACGGAGACUGGCCACAGGAGAACAUCUCCGGCGUCUUCAAUAAGAGCUGUGCCAUCAGCUAUACCUCGUACAGGAACGUGUUUCCCGUGUGGGCUCUGGGCCGGUUCCUACGGCUCUACCCCUCCAGUCCACUGGCAGGCAAAGUGAAGCUCUGAGACAUUCAAGAAAUAUUUCGCUGUUGGAGAACGCUGAAGAAAUUCCUCACGACCUGCUGAAGAAACGUUGCUUUCUGAUACAAACCUACAUGCUGCUAUCGGAGGUGUAGAACUGAUAUGUUAACAUGUGCCUUGCCACGUGUAAUCUGUAGUCAUAGACAUAAUGUAUAGUACAUUGCUGGUGUAGAAAGAAGCACUGUUUUACUUAACUGUACUUUUUUUUUUUUUUGUUUUUUUUUAAAUCUUGCUUGUCUUUUGUAAUUCAAAUAGAUUUUGAACGGGAUCAAAUAAAUCAUUUCGUAUGUUUGUCAUGA